AUGACUGGUGAUGCAUCACAGUUCAUCAAGCUCAAGCAAAAAACAAGUGGAAAGGUUACUUUUGGAGACGAUAAUAAAGUCAAAACUGUUGGUAUUGGUGAUGUUGAAUUUUGUGACAACAAUGGCAUUAUACAUGAGUUUUCUAUUAUUAGAGUACCUCAGCAAAAUGGAGUAGUUGAAAGGAAAAAUAGAACUCUUCAAGAAGCUAAUAGAACCAUGCUCAGUGAAUACAAUUUACCAAAGUACUUUUGGGUUGAAUCUAUAAACACUGCAUGCUAUACCAUGAACAGAGUUCUCUUAAGACCAAUCUUGAACAAGACUUUAUAUGAGCUGUUGUUUGAUAAAAAACCUGUAGUUGAUUACUUUAAAGUUUUUGGUUGCAAAUGGUUCAUUCUGAACAUCAAGGAGCAUCUUGGUAUUCGAGAAGAAUUAAAGAGGCUAACAAUCAGCAAUCAAGGCACAGCUCCAUCAGAAAAUAAUUCAAAGGAAGAUGGAAAUCAAGACAGUCUUGCUAGAGAAGACAAUGACAGUGACACUGAAAUUCCAAAUGAUCUUCCAAGAGCCUGGAAAUUCGUUCAAAAUCAUCCCAAGGAACUUAUCAUUGGGGAUCCAUCUGAAAAGGUCAGAACACGUUCCUUCUCUAGACAAUUAAUAGAUAACUUUGCAUUGGUCUCACAUCUUGAGCCCAAAAAUGUUGCUGAUGCAUUAAAUGAUGAGAGCUGGAUUUUGGCCAUGGAAGAGGAGUUAAAUCAAUUUGAAAGAAAUAAGGUUUAG